UUGUGCUAAGUUAGACUAUUGGACCUUCCGUGGCACGAGUGUCGCGGCUUCUUGAAGCACGUUACACGUUGUAGAAGCCCUUUGACGGUGAAAACAAUAAAUUUGUUAGAUAGCCGAAGUGAUUGGCCGAGUGCGCUUCGGAGGUGUGAAAAUCUCCCAGCUUCGGACAACACCCGCGGCACGUCUAGACUAUUUUAGUACUGCCCUACACAAACAUUUUGCCAAAGAUUUCACGCGUUCCUGUACUCCAGCGACUUUGCAAAGAUCGAAGGCAGCCUGUCGUGCACUGCACCAUUUCGUGACAUCAGGUGAGUACACGUAACCCAUGUGAAUACUACUGAACGCUUGUCAAACAUGUUCGGCUGGAAAGGCGCAUAUUCAUUUUAUUAGUACUUCUCUUAUCUUGUUCACGGGCGAGCGCAAUUUCGACGAAGAAAUUGCAGAUUUUCCCCAUAAUCUUUGCCUAGAUAAGAGAAAACCUACGCGUUUCAUCUCGGUUACCGAUAAUACCUGAAUACUGGUAACUUACCAGACUAGGAGUUGCACAAUUUCGUCAUUGAGUGAUUUCGUGACUCCAAGUUGGCUCAUUAAUUCUCGAAAUUGAAAUAACAUGGGUCCUUUCUUCUUUCAACUGACAGGAAAAGCACCGGAAAAUUUAAGAAAAACCCGACUAAUAUAAGUGGAUCUUUUAUACUGAACACAACAUGAAGUAAGUACUUUGUGUCACAAAUUUGUAAAUUAAGCGGGUGAACAACCAAGUAAGCGAAAUACCAAGGAAUUGGGAUUCGUGAGGUUUGCAAUGCAAAGAAGGAAUUUUGCAAAGUACUAUUUCAACAGUCACUGUCAUGUUAAGCUAUAGUGAGAGAAAAAAGGCACGAACGAAAAUUACGCGACAGUUCUUUAGGCUGGAUAAAUCUUUAUUUCCCUAUGAAAGAACAUCACUCUUUCUGCUAUCGAUUUGGCAUGUUCAGUCGGUGAAUUGUAGACGAAUCACAAAACCAAUUACUUUACAUCUAAAUCAAUGAAUCUAUGGCCAUUUGCACAUAGACAUCAAGCCCAUGUUCGUGCUAGCAACAUGUUUCCCAUUCGCCACGUGUCAUAAACGGAUUUUUUUUUCUUUUCUGGUCAUUGCAGCAAAAUUUGGCGGCCAUGGCUCGAAACACCCGAAGACCAUCAAAGAAAACAGCGUCAAGUACGAUUCACGGUGAGUUGAUGGAUAGCUUUCUAAAGAAAGAUUGACUGAGAUUUCUACAGCUCAAACGAGAAUAAUCAGAAACGAAUUUUCAGUGAAACUUUGACUACAAUCAAAGGCCUAAUAAAGUAUUUCACAAGAUUCUUUUCACUCUUGGAAACCAUUAAGUUGUAAAGCAAAGUGUGGUUUUCUUUUAACGCAGGAAACCUUUCGGCUCUUUUGCUUAUCCGGUUUUUUGUUUUCCAUCAAUUUUGGAAUGAAAAGGAAGGAAGUUUGAAGGGAAUUAUAUAAAUCAUCGCGCUUUAUUUUAAUUUCUCAUAAAUCAACUACUCGCUGUGGGUACUUUGCUGAACUGUUUCUCUUAAAAUUUGCACGACUCUUUGACGGAAAAACGCUGAUUUUUUUCUGAUCGUUUUCCUACUCUGUUCCUAAAAGAAAAAAAAUUAAUGAAAUUACGCUUAUUAUGCAUAAAAAUAAAGUUAUUCUUUUUAUUAACUGAAAAAAAAAUUCUUAAUAGAGGAACCUUGUUUUUAAUAUAUCUUCGAUCUUCGAAUGAUGGGAACAGUAAAAGGAUUCGAAAUCAUGAAAACGCGAUGAAAGAAAAAUCUCCAGGAAAGCGUCUAUUUAAAGGGUUAAUACCCUGUCGUUUCACCAUGAAACAGAAACAUCCCUUUUGAACUGAGCCCUUAAACACAUUGAAUCUGAUAAAGAUAUGGCUCUUUAUAUCGAUAGAAUUUUGUGAGGGAGUGUGCAAGCAAUAUCGGUGACCAGCUUCUUGCGGGUGGGACCAAUUGAUACGACUAGAAUCUAUUUUAUGUCGGUGGGAUGUAUCUUUUUGCCAUUUAUUUAUUUUUUUCCGGCAACACACUAUUGCCACUCAUUUGUCCCAAGUUAAGUUAUUGGGAUACCCUUUGAAGAAGCUUUCCAUCUUUUAAGUUUCUCAGCGGGCUUGACUCGUCCUAAUUUACAGGUCUGUCAAAGCGGUUGCAAGUACCCGCGUGCAAGUACCCGCGCGAUAUCGAAUUGUCGAUUGACCUUCGUCUAAACAAAUCUUUCCAUACCUGACAUCUGCUAUUCAUUUUUUUGAGUAGCUUUCAAAUUGUCAUUCGGUUACCUGUACUGAAUCUGUUAGUUUGCGCUAGAUUACUUAUAUAUAAAACAGGAAAACGAUUUUAAGCUGUUUGUCUGUUAAAGAUGCGCCGUAACUCGGUUACUGCGGUACACGCAGCGCGCUAUAGAACGUUUAGACGCAGUGUUCAAGUAAUAAAUUGACCAUGUUCUAAUUUUUGAUUAUUCAGAUUCUAAAAACACUAACCGAGUUAAUGUUAUGGUGGGGUUGUGAAUAAAUAUACAUCAAUUUAGGGACAUAAAUUGAAAAACAACGUUUUUUCCACGAUAAGUAUUCUUUUUUAAUGUGAUAAACAGAAUUAGACCGUGAAGGAAAGAGGCACUUUAAGUCUUUGCCGAUGUUUAUCAAACCCGCCGUAAAUGGACAAUGAACAACCUUAACCCUGAUAUGAAAACUCGUUCCGUCCGGUCAACAUACUUAAAAAAAAAAUUAAUCGUUCCUCUACCUCGUUAAAUUUAUCACAGUGUACCUACUAAAACCUUAAACGAGCAAGCAAGCGAAAGCUCUGUAGGCAGAAUAAGUCAACGGGCUUCUCAGACUGCAUUUAAGCAAUUCACUUCUGCAGGUUUUCAAAAGAAAAAAAAUCACUUUAAUUUUUUACCGUUGCCUGGCCGGGGUGUUUUAAGCUUUUUUCUGUAUCGUAACUGAUGGUUGAAAGGCAAGAUACAGUACUACAAUAAAGUCUUGCCCGCCAUUUCUGCGCGAGGUGGUUAACUUGAGUAGUAGAAUUCAGUUCCAAAUUUAACGUCGUUACUUUAUUUACAACCGAAGGCAAAACCAGUUUCGGUCAAUAACCGGUUACAACCUUUGUUUUACUGGAGUUCCCUGGUAUCAGAGUAGUCUACUUCAGCUUUAUAACAGAACUAGAAAUUUUGCUUUUGAAAUUAGCCAUGAAUCCUCAAUCGAUGUCCAAGACUCAGGAUUGGAACAUUAAAAAAGUUGCUACUUCAGCAUAGAUAUCUAUGUGGGUACUAGGGGUUUGAAAAAUUAUUUCGAAUAUGAAGAGAUAAACUCGUUACUAAUCUUUGACUAAGAAGUCAAAUUGUGGUUUCGAUGAACUUCCUUUGGAUUUUAAUUUUUAGAUGUAAAACUACUUGAAACAAGUAUGCGGUUGUAAGCUACUUCCGUCGUUACACGAUAGAAAGGAAAAUUAUUUUUGCAUCCACAACUUUUGAAGGGGUUUUUAGUUAUGAGCUUUUGCGAAGCAAACGCAUAAUUUCUUAUCCGCUUUCGGGACAGAAGUCAAUGAUUUAUUUAGUAUAGAACAACAAAGACAACAACAACAUUAAGAAGACAGAUUUCAGCUCUGAAAGAGUUUCCAUUUUCGAGAUUUUAAUUGUUAAAAACCUGUUAGAUUCCAUUGAUGCUUUCGGGACUUCAAAUGCGGUAAUGAGACAGAAAUCACUGAUUUUUUUAAGUGUGGUGCAGUAACAACAACAGCAACGACAUUAAUUUAGAAGACCACGAUUUCAACUCUGUACUCGUGAAUCGUAGACACUGCACAAAAUGGUUGAUCGAGGACUAGAUGGUGCUGUAAGAAUUUCACGAACAACACAUUAAUUAUUGUUACUUACUCGUUGUAAUAUUCUAUUUUUUAUUCCGAAAUAGCCCUAUGGAUCGCCAAGUACAACAGGGAAUGUACAGCAACAACCACAAUUUAAACAUCCAGUCAGGUAAGCCACCAGUAAUAACAUAUCUUCGAAAUGGUAAUUGGCACAGUGAUUUUCCGAAAAGAAAGGGAGAACUUAUUUACGCCAAUUUUUCGAGCAUCUACGUUCAUGUAUUUGACUUGAUUCAAGAUAAUUAAAAACGAACUGGCCAGCGAAAGGAAGAAGAACGUUCCGGCCCUUUCCGUUCAUCCUAUUGUUUACACAGGGACGCGCCGUUGCUGUUUUUCUUUUCCACUUAAAAGACAAAGAAAAACCAAACAAGGAAGUCUUCUUUGAGUGAAUCAUUCAUAUUUUACUUAACCGUGGUUCUAGGGGUCCCCUCUUCUCUAUUUAUAAAUCAAAUACAGAAGAAACUGCGUAAAGAAACACAUAGAAGAAAGUGAAAACGUCAUGGAAAGCGGUACUUUAAUGUUCCUGGCGCUUACGCUUUAAGGAUCAACUAUCGGAAAGUGACUUUCAAGUGUGUACCGCAAAGAAGUUUGUGGUUGACCAACGCAAUAAGUGCCUUGACCUCAGAGUCAGACAAAGAUUGAAAUGAAAUUGAUAGCAUUUCUAUUUUAAUGACUUUUUUCGAAGACUUUACCGGUAGAGUAAUCCUCAUGAAUACAAAGAUGCUUGCACUUACCAUGCAUUAUUUAUAGUCAACUGAGUAAAUUUCACGGUCAUUACCAAAGUAAAACUUGUCCAGAUUCAGGGGUUAUUUUGUUGGAAUGGACUUUUUCGUUUUGCCAACUUAUUUGGCGAAGCUUAUUCUUGACACUAUAGCAAUGAAAAUCGAGACACACCAAAUUCCAAAAUCAGUUGAUGCGGUUAAAACGGGUAUUUUGAAGCAGAAUGCGUAACUAAGGCGCUGGCAGCAAUAGGAAAAGGCUUGACCAAAAAAAUAAAACAGGAUGAAAGGCAAGGCGCCACGCUAACAGUCAUAAAUGUAUUUUAGGCUAGGUUCCCCUGGAAACUCAACGAAGUGCUGAAGACAUUCUGAACUGAAUCAUGGCUAUGUUAGGUCUGAUCUUCGUUUUUAUGAGGGGGGGGAAGGGGGAAAGAAGAGGGGAGUAUGAGUUAAUUUCCCGAGAAACGACUGGUUAUUGAAACCACUAUUCCAUCCCCUUCCCCGUCCGAAAGCGAUGAAGGGGGGGUUGACGGUAGGGGUGGUAGUCGAGUGGGGGAGGGAGUAGCAAUACUACUGGAGAAGAAGAUCGUGUUACAGAAACCAGGGAACAUGACAGCUGUAGUAAUUGUGGAUUUUCAUGCAUUCAUUUUUACUAUCUUCACCCUUUUUAAAGGUUACUCUGGACGAAAGCCGCAUAUGAUUACAUGUACGCAUCAGGAGAAACCUUACUUCGGAAUUUUCCCGUUCAAGCGACCAUCCAAGUCGUAGAUAGUAGUGAUAGUAGCGAUGACGAGGACGAUGAAGAUAUCGACGAAUGCGAUGAAAAAGAAAGUGAAAAGAAAGUAAAGCAGUAGCCAAUUAUUUAAAAAGUAACUAUUUUGUACAAAAGUAAAUAAGUCCUGCAAAGGAGAUAUAUAUAUAUAUAUGUGCCACCAUACCGAAAUUACUUUGGUAAAUUAGAGGUGCUUUGAGCUCCAAAGUGAGACAGAUUGGGUUAGAAAUUUUUGGGGUGAUUCCUCGGAAAAAAAAAAAGUUAUCGAACAAUUUUUUAAAACUUUCCUUAUAUGUUCCCCACCAAUGUCUGUUUCGAAAAAUACAAGUUAAAAGAUAGGUCACCGUGCUUGUUUGAGAGAUAUAAUGAGCCGAAGUUACCCCGCGUAUGCCUGUUUUGGCACUAAUCACGUGGGUCAUUUGAUCGGUUUACGGUACAUUUUGAGGUAGCUGGAAGCAAGGGUCUUUAAAGCAACACUUAAAAAAAACUUGAUAGGUAGAAAGUCUCGAGCGUAUGGAACAAUAUGAUACAUAAUUUGUGAAAAAAUCAUGCAAUUUUAUACAACAGCGACUUAAAACGUUCCUCGAAUCGUUCCUUUCUAAGUAAUAUUUUGCAUCAUCAAGUAACGAGCUUUGUGCACGCUUUUAGCCAUAUUUUUUUCCCUUUCGCUGAAUUUUUCUUUAACUUGUUUAAUUUAAAGGGAUAAAUUUGCACACCAAAUUUAUGCAAUAAAAAAAUAUAAGUCACCGUGCUCGUUCACGAGCUAAAGACCAUCGUACCUCUUUACCCAGUCUAUUUAUUGAAAAACAGAGCCAUGUUCUCGGAAUGUGCGCUUGCUUAUUCGCCUGAUUACGAACAGGAUGCGCAGUGAAAUGUUGAGGAAUCACCUAAAGUUAUCAGCAAACGCAUCUAAUAAAGCACUUUUUGAUUGUGUCUUGUAAAACCAAAACCAAAGAAAUCACUGGGCCAAUCAGGACGAAGGGUGACGAUAGCCAAUGAGAAGUCAAAGUAAGAAACAUGAAAACGGCUCACAGCGCGGGAAAACCCUAUUGACAAAGUGUCUUGGAUUUUUCACUCAAUCGAAAAUUGUUCCAUCGCGCAAAAAACUCGCAAUAAGCGACUGUAAUGAUGGUAAGAAACGAAAAGUCCUCAUGGACGUAAUUGCACCCUCUAAAUUAGCUUUUGAGGUUUUUUUUACAUUAAGUUUAUUAAAUGUAUCAAGACGCUUUCAUCGCCAAAGUAGUUUACCUUGUUCACUUUUGUAAAUACAGAAAGAUAUAUGCAAUUCUAAAAACGUCCUAGCUGAAUUGAGCAAAAAGUCUAAGUAGUAUCUAUCAUUGUAUUAUAGUCGCUUUACUCAUAAAUUGCUCUUUAAAGAAGAUCAUAUUUCCAAAUUUUUAGGCUUUUGAAGAAACCUGUAACAUCGAUCAGAAUAAGGAUAUCCAUUUGAUAAUUAAUUCUACCGGUAAACCAUUGUAACUCGUUGUAUAAGAUCAUCUUGUACAAGCAAAGUUUAUUUCCUGUAGCUUUUAUUCAUACGAGUCUCUGGCAUAAAAGUAGCACUCUAUCCUGAUCUAUACUUCAGAGAAGUAACUUUGGUGAUAAGUAAGAACCACAAAAUGGUUCCUGUGUAAAUAACACCAUCGAUAUGCAUAUAUCAUACAAGCUGUGCUUGCACCUUUGUAUAUGUUUAAGUUGAUAUACUAGAUAUUUUAUGGAUG